CAUUCCAUUCCUUUCAUCAUCCGAUUGUUUCACUUCUUUUUACUAUUGUACUAUUAUUAUUAUAUUAUUAUUAUUAUCCUAUCAUUACUAUUUACGAUGAACGACACUUAUAGCUCAAAUCAAUCAAACCCUUCAAUGUAUUAUAAUCCCGCAGCAUCAUCAAAUAAUCAACAGUCAGCAUCCUCAACUUCAGCCAAUGCCAAUAAUUCCAAUACAAAUGUUUCAUCUUCAAAUGCUAAUGCCAAUAAUCCCAAUAAUUCUUCAACUAAUCCUAAUAAUCCCGCAAUUAUUAAUGAUAUAUAUUCUCAAAUAAAUCAAUUAAGUAAUCAUUUUAAUAAUUAUCAAACCAAUAAUAAUGAAAAGAUUAAUGAAAUGAAUAUAAAAUUAAAUUUCAUUAAUGAUUCAAUGGAUACAAUAAAACAUAAUUUGAAUGAAUUAACUCAACAAGUAUUAGUAUUAAUUCAAAAUAAUAAUAAUAAUAAUACUAACAAUAAUAAUAAUAAUAAUCCCAACAUUUCGGGAUUUUAUAAUAAUCAAAGUAAAGUUAUUGAAUUAUUUAAUAAACAUAUCUACAAAUUAAGUAAAGAUAUUGAAGAAUUAUCUCAUCCAUCAAAUCCGGCUGUUGGGUCUGGUUUAAAUCCUCAACUACGACAACUGCAACUGCAGCAGCAACAUCCUCAGCUCCAUUCUCAACAUCAUCAAUUAACUUCAAAUAGAAAUAGUCAAUCCAAUAAUUCGCAACCUAAUAAUUCUUCGAAUGCGAAUAAUAACGCACCAACAAAUUAUACAGUUUCAGGAGAAGAAGUCGUAGAAGAUUUGACAAGACCGUCAUUUCCGAAAUCAUUAAAUUUGAGAUCUCCUGCCCCGCAAAAUAAUUCAAAUCCUGCUUCUCCAUUUAUACCGAACAGAUUUAAUUUCGAUUUAAAUUCAUUUUCUACAACAAGAAAUACGAAUACAGGUACAAAUACUAAUGCAAAUAAUUCUACACAUGGUGCUUCAUCUUCAACUGCUACAUUUCCAAACUUUCAUAAUUUGCAAGAUAAUGGAUCUACUCCAAAUUUAACUAAUAAUGCUGCCAAUAAUAAUACUGAUAAAAGUUCAAAUAAGAAAAAACGAAGAAAGAGUUCUAAAAAAGAUGAUCAACAAUCACCCCGUCAAGUUCAAACAAAUCAACCUCAACAAUCAUCUGUUCCUCCUGCUUUAACAGCCAAUAAUUCAUAUAUUUUACCAUUACCUACUUUAUUAACUAGUGAUGUAACUCUGAAGAAUAAUCCAGCUGCAGCUCAAUUUAUGUCUGUUAUACCAAGACAAGGAGAUAAUGGAUCCCUUUUAAGACAAGGAUCAGGACGUCAAAGCUUUUUUGGAGAUGAUGAUAUUGAUAAUAAUAUUGAAGAUUUAACAGCAGGUACAACCGCAAAUGGGAAUACUGCAUCAAAUCAAGGAGGAAAUCAAGAAGAUGUUAGUGGAGGAGAAUCUAAUAAAUCCAAAUCUGGUAAAAAGAGAAAGAAAGAUGAUGGAGAAGGAAAUAAUAAUGGAGGAAGUAAAGUUAAUAAAUAUUCUAAUCCAUUAAAUUUACCUAAAUAUAGAAUUGAGAGAAGUUUAAAAUCUCUUACUGAUAUUUGGAAAGAAUAUGAAUAUGGAUUAAAUGAUAAACCUCCAUUAAAAUUAUUAGAAAUUAAAUAUGGAGCCAAAUGGAGAAAUGAAACAGAAUCAAGAACUUUCCUUAGAAGACGAAAAAUUUAUGAAGCUAUUGAAUCAGGUAAGAGUAAAGGAUAUACUGAAGAUCAAGUAAUUCAAGAUUUAGAAGCUUAUCGAAGUUAUGAAAUUAAUGGAGCCGUUAAAAAGAAACCCUUACUGUGGUUAUGUACAAAUAUUCCUGAUAAGUAUGUAACUUGAUUCAUAUUAUUAUAAUCCAAUCAUUUUAAGGGUAUGAAUGAUUACUGAAAAAAAUUGCCUAUUUGGGUCUUUGUGUAACUCAUCUCCAAACCGUUACUAUAAUUUUUUUUUUAAUUUUGUUUUUAUAGUGAAUUUUCU